AUGGGAUUGGGCUUUGCGCAGGGGGAGGCCCCGGUUGCAUUCGAAAGCAGCGCCGCUUACUUUUCUGCUCAGGAGUGGGAGAACCUGGAGGAAUGGCAGAGGGAGCUGUACAAAAACGUGCUCAGAGGGAAGAAUGAAUCUCUGAUCUCUCUGGAUUAUGUGAUCUCCAAACCUGACUUCCUGUCCCAGCUUCAGAGAGGAGAAGCGCCCUGCAAUGGGGACAAGGCGGCUUCGAGAGAGAUUCCAACAGAAUCAAGUGCAGCAGACUACAGCAUUCCGGAGCCCAGCUUUGCAGGCGUUGUGAAGCAAGAGGAAGAGCCAUGCGUGGAGGAGGAGGGAGCCACGGAGGAUGCAGAGUUUACCGAGCUCAGUGUGGUUCCAGCACAUGAGGUGAUAACCUUCAAAAUAGAGCAGCUGGACUCUGAGGAAUGCCCCCAAAGCUCAGAGUCCCCUGCAACUUUAUCCAGUGAGUCGGAGGAGCUGCUUUUCCAGGGUCCCAGCCAGGUGCUGCCCUUUGGUAGUCAGUACAGCUCUCCUGUGCAGCAGGGAAACCAGAGCAUGAGCAGUCUGGUGCCAUCCACUCCAGCAGAAGAGGGUCUUGGUGAAAGCAGUGCUGUCACCUCCUAUGGGCAAAACUGUCCCAACAAAAGACCUCACUCGUGUGCUGCAUGUGGGAAGGGCUUCUGUCUGAAGAAGAUGCUGACAACUCGCCAGGAUUGCCACAGCACACAGUGCAGUGGUGAGCACACUGGAGAUGAGGAGGACUUCCUCCCUCAGCAGCACCAGCAGACCCACAUGGAAGACGGCACCCACAUGGGAGAUGGCACCCACAUGGGAGAUGGGACCCACAUGGCCACAGAGAGAUGCAAGCAGAACCAAAAUGCAAAAGCCCAUGCCAGCAUCCCAGCCAUGGACAAAGUGCACGACAAUCCCAGGCACACAAAAAGCAUCAACGACAACAGCAGCUGCAAACCAGCUCAGAGCAGCCACCCGCGGGGGAGGCCUUACAAGUGCAACAAGUGUCAGGAGUGUUUCUCCCAAAAGAAAAUCCUCAUCAUCCACCAGCGUACACACUUGAGCCGGAGCAGAGAGGUCCUUUGGUGCUCAUACUGUGGGAAGACCUUCAGCCACCCCUCCAAUCUGAUCCGGCAUCAGAGGAUCCACACGGGGGAGAGGCCAUACCAAUGCAACGAGUGCCUAAAGCGCUUCACCCAGAAGCAGCACCUGCUCCAGCAUGAGAAGAUCCACCUGCGUGAUAAGAGCUGCGUGGUCACGCAGACAGAGCAAGCGUUUUAUGAGCCUGAGGCUUCAAGUCAGACCGAGAAAGGCAAAGAGGCGUAUGCCAGGGAGCUGCCAGGUGCAGAGGGUGAGGACCUCCCAAGAGACCCUGACGCAGGUGAGAAAGACAUUGGCCAGGGGGCUGCUCCUGCCUCCUGCGAGGGGCUGCCUGCGGGGCCACAGCUGCCCCGCACUGAGUGUGGACAAAACCCUGUGGGCGGAACCAGGCUUCGUGACCACAAUGGCCUCGGCAGAGAGGAGCAGCCGUCUGCAGAAAGCGAGGAGAACUUCCCCGCAGAAAACCCAUUAGCCAGCCCCUGCUGGGAUCACCCGCAGGACAAAUCAGAGGACUGCACCAGGUGCAGGCAGCACUUUGCGCCCAGGGGCAGCCUGGCAAGCCAGCAGCAGACCCAGGGCAGGGGCAAGUCCUACAUUUGCAGCGACUGUGGGAAAAGCUUCGUUUGCCAUUCGUGGCUCGUGAGACACCAGAUGACUCACACAGGAGAGAGGCCGUACAAGUGCUCUGAGUGUGACAAAAGCUACAGGAGAAAGGAUUAUCUUCUAAACCACCAGCGCCGGCACUCAGGAGAGGGGCUUUUCCAGUGCCCCCUCUGCAGGAAAAGAUUCGUGCUCAGGAGGAGUUUCAUGAAACAUCAGGAAAGUCACGUGCAAGAAACACAUUUGACGUUGGCUGGUUGGCCUUGCACAGAGAUCAGGGGGUCUGUAAUGCCGUCUUGUUGCUUCCUGUUGCUGGCCAAUGGGGAUGAACGCGUCUGCCCAACCCUCCUGGUGGAGGCCGCCGCGCCGCACGUGCCCGUGGUGACUGGCUGCCGCCGGGCCGCGCGCGCCAACGGGAGGGCGGGGGCCAAGCGGCGGCCGCCCAAUAGCGAGGGGACAUCGUCCGGCCCGCCCCGCCCAGGGCUGGCGGCGCGUGGCGGCCGGUGCCCCGCCCGAUUGGCUGUUGCCCGGGCGAAGGGGCGGGGCGUGGGGCAGUACGGAGGAAGAUGGCGGCUCGGCGUGCAAACCCAUACAGGAGAAAGGCUGUAUCUGUGUACAGAGUGUCAGAAGACUUUUAAAUUGAAAAUUGGACUUCUAAAACAUAAGCAAAUUCACACUAAAAAGAAUCAGCACCUCCUUUUCAGUGAGCCCGUGAGUGAAGUCAAUGUCCUCAGCUUCCUGGGAGGAGAAGUAGAGCAAGAAAAAGCUGGUGCCAUGGUGGAGUUUGAUAAAUUCUGA